AGCUCUGGGCUGAGGAAGCAACCAAAGCAAGGCUUGGCUGGAUGUUAAGUUUUCUGCGCACACUGGGACUAUUGGAACUAAAGAAUAUACCACUUUUACAUUAUUUUACUAUUUGAUCAUUUUUAUCAGGGAGAAUAACUGCUGGUGACCUUUUUUUGUGUUUUAGAUGAAAAUGAGAAGCUAUUCUUUUUUUCUCUUGAUCUUCGUUCACUACAUUUCUUAAGGCGAAAUGCCACAUGGUUUUGGAUUCUUCACCUGGGUUUAAGAUGACCCUUCAACAGAGAAGUACCUCCAGCUUGAGAGGAGAUGGCACUGAGGUGAAAUCUGGGCUGCAGGAGAAAGAGAAGAAAACGAAAACGGCUAUGCUGCGAAGACACUCCGCCUCCUCGGUGAUCACAAAGGCACUGAGCAAACCACGAACUCAAAACAGGAAUAAUGCCAAAAUUUUAUAUUCUGGCAGAAACAGUCUUAUUCAGAAUUUCUCAACCCAGAGCAGAAUGUUCAUCAUGGAUGAUUGCAUUCGAAUGACUAUGGGGCUACAGACCCAAGAAAGACAUCUGUUCCUCUUCACUGACACAUUAAUUAUUGCCAAAUCAAAGUCUUCAGCUAGUUUGAAGGUGAAGCAGCAGUUACAGCUUUGUGAAAUGUGGUUUGGCUCUUGUGUGCAUGAAGUUACCGGGAGGAAAUUGAGUUUUAAAAACUCCUUUGUAAUUGGCUGGCCCACCACCAACUGCGUGGUCUCCUUCAGAUCAAACAACACAAAAGAGAAGUGGCUUUCAGCUUUACAAUGGCACAUCAAUAGAUUAAAACAAGAAGAACAUCCCAAUAAAAUUGCUAUAAAAAUCAUGUUGCUCUCAGGAAACAGUCCAUCGACAACCACUGUACCUAUCAGCAAUACGGAUACUACUGAGAAAGUGAUAAGCAUCUCAACUAAGCAACUUGGAAUGCCAGGCAGAUCUGUUGACUACUGUCUCUGGGUCAUUUCUGGAAGAGAGGAAGCUCCAUAUCCACUUAUCGGUCAUGAGUACCCCUUCAGCAUAAUCACAAACUGCUUACGAGACCAUGUGGAUCAACCCCACUCAACUGACAACAUCCUAACCUAUGACGUGAUCAUAGAGCAACUGCCCAAGGAACAACAGGUCCAGUUCGUCCUUAGAUGGAGAAAAUCCAUGCAUAAUCAUGCCCAAAGCAGUGCUCCAGAAAUCUUUCAGAAACACAUUGGAAGAAAAAAGUCUCUCAUCGACUGGGCUUUGAGAAAAGGAAAUAGCAGCUGGAGCAGUGGUGAAUCUCACCUAUCAACUGCACACAGAAAGCUAUUUGGUCAUUCGUUAUCAUCCAUCUGUCACAAUGGAAACCUUCCUAAACCUAUACUGGACAUGCUAAUCCUCCUUUACCAAGAUGGCCCACAAACAAAAGGAAUUUUCAGACGUUCUGCCAAUGUGAAGACUUGCAAAGAGCUAAAGGAGCGUUUGAAUUCUGGGAAUGUGGUACAGCUGGAAGCAGAGUCGGUUUUUGUGGUCGCAUCUGUUGUCACUGAUUUUCUCCGCAAUGUGCCCGGUAGCAUUCUUUCCACAGAGUUGUAUGAAAAGUGGAUGGAAGUUCUGGACAUUGAUGGUCAUGAUGAACAGAUCAGGACAAUAAAAGGGUUGCUCAACCAGCUACCCGAAGCCAACACCCUUCUUCUACAGCAUCUCUUUUGCCUCCUUUAUCACAUACAGGAGAACUCAGAGGAGAAUCAAAUGAAUGCUUGUAAUCUAGCACUCUGCAUCGCCCCAAACAUGCUAUGGUUGCCUGUGACUGCAGAUCCUGAGCAAGAAAAUAAGUCAACAAAAAAGGUUGCCAGCCUUGUACAACUAUUGAUUGAGAAUACCAACACCAUAUUUGGCCAUGACAUUGAAUCUGUGUUCACAAAUAUACAUGGAAGUCAAGAAAAUUUGGAGGAUGCUUUAGGUGAUUAUUCCCCACAACGUUACUCUUCAGAUGAAUUUGAUUCGGAGCAGGAAAGACUGAAAGGACUUCACAGUUUUGAUACGGAUUCAUGGUUCCUGCCAUUGAAAAAUGACAUUGUGAAAGAGGAGAAGAUGUGGAGUCUUCUGGAUGAAAUUGACAUUUUCAAAUCUCAGUACUGGACAGAGGACAAUGUCUGCUGUAUGGAUCUGGAUGAUACGCCUAUUUGCUCCAAUGUCUACUCUCCAAUUGAAGGCCAGGGCAUCCAGUCAUCUCGUGGUCGAUGCUCAUCUGAACCCAGCGUUUGCCAGAGCUCACAGAACCUUCUUCACUCACACGCUACUGUCAUUCGCCAGUCAAGCUAUGAUGCAACUCUUAGGCGCGGCCAGGCAAGCUGUUCACAGUACAUGAGUAAGCUGCACCUAGAGGAGACAUCAGGACCAACUGAUGACUUAAGUCCCAGAAUGAGCAAUCAGCCCAAGCAUAUGCUUUGGAGAUCACCCCAGAUUCCAUCAAAGUUUAAGGACCAACAGCUUAGACUCACCUUACCCAAUAUGUCAAGUUUCUCCAGCCUGUCUUCCACAGCCACCUCACCAUCAGCAUCUUCUUUGAGCUCUUUAGAUAGUGCCUUCUCAUAUUGCUCAGACACUGUUUUCACACCCAGUGAUGUCUCCUCCCUAGAUUUUAUGUUUGGGACAAGUGCAAGGUGGCAACCACUAACACCUGAACCUCCUAAAAAGUUCCCCAUGGACUGGACAUUGAAAAGGCCAGUGGCCAGAGACCAUACCUUGUCAUUUGACUGGUCUACCAAGUGCGAUGAGCAGGAUGAAGAGAAAAAACCCUCUGGAAAGGAAACUAACAACACAAUUCAUAUUAAAAAUGUGAAGGCAAGUCAAAGUGAAUCUCAAUCUGUAAAUAACAGUCUGAAAGCUAACAGAGAUGAGACUGGCCAGGAUCUCAACUAUGAAACUAAUGGAGGUGAUGUGGACUCCAGAUAUUUACAGAUAACACAGCUACAGGUGCCUGAGAUUUCUACAAAAAUGUAUAUGAAUGAAGAACCUGGAGCUUCUCAAGAAGGUUUAAAGGUGCAGGGCCAAGAAACAUGCAUGAAACACAUUCAGUCCAUGAAGCCUGAAAAUCUUAAUGUGGAUAACAUGAAGCGGACGAAAAUCACUCUCUACAUAACUUCCAACAACCUAUCAGUGAAAAAUCAAACUUCUCAAGCAGUUGAAGAAAACAGAUUUUCAGCGAAAUUGUCUAAUGCCACUACAGACACUCCAGACUUAAAAGGAACGGUAAGUCAGACUGUCGAGGACCAGAAAUCCCAGACUGUGUUGUAUGUCCAACAACCUCCUUUAAUUCUACACUCUGUUUCAACCAAGCAGCCUGAGAAACCGAACACCACAAAUAGCACGUUGCCAGGAACCUCAUCUGAGAGCUGUACUUCCAUGUCAGGUCCGUCUAAAAGCUUCACUAAGGCUAGCCAAACAAUAAAGCACACAAUUAGAAUAAGGCUUCCAGCAGCAGUAAAAAGCACCGUCAAGGAGUACUUCAGUCUCACUGACAAUAAGAACUGCCAGUCAGAUGUUAAAGGGCCAGAAAAGGAACUGCAUAAAAGUAAAUUGGAAUGUCAAAGUAAAAGUCUUUUGGAUGCAGCUGAUGAAGAUGUUUUAAAAUUGAACAAUGGAGAAGACUUUUAGUGUAAUACAUUUCUAACAACAACAUUGAUUGGUAGUAUCAAAUUAGUUUUAUGACAAUUAAUUAUCUUGAAUAAACUGCACUUUGUGAAUAUAAUAUUGUGGAAAAAUAGGUACUAUAUAUGGGUAGCACAGUGGUAUGACUUUUUAAUUAUUUUCUUGGCAUUUGCUUUUGGUCCUAGCCAUGUGCAGAGUUGUGGAGUUGCUCAUUUUAAAACUCAUCACUAUGAGGCUCUGGAAAAAAUUAAGAGACCACAGCAAAAUUUUCAGUUUCUCUCAUUUAUCAAUUUAUGGGUCUGCACCUGUGUAAAAUAUACAUUUUUGUGAACUCCAACUCUGGCUCUUUCCUACAUUGCACUGAUGAAGGGCUCCUUCCUUGCUUUAUAGGUCUUCCUGUUUCUAGGAACCUAAUACAAACUUAUCCUAGCAGUGCACUUCACAUCACUUAAUGUUUCCCAUUCCUUUCAAAGGUCACCUGAUGUCAUCCUCUGAUUAAUGAGAAACUGUCGGAUAAGUUGAUG